UUUCCAAGGCAAGAGGAAUGACAAGUUCAGUGCCGGACGGUAUAUUUGAUUGAUAAGCCUGCUGCCACACUGGUCGAUCUGUCCAUACGGUUUUGUGAAAAAUUGCAAGGAAAAAUAGUUAAAUUUUAACAGCCGCUUACGUUCCACCGCAAAAGUCACCGACAACAUGCCGCGCUAUAGGGAGUGGGAUCUAGCCUGCAAGGUUUAUGUGGGCAACCUGGGCUCCUCGGCAUCCAAGUACGAGAUUGAGGGAGCCUUCGCCAAAUACGGACCACUGCGAAACGUCUGGGUGGCGCGCAAUCCGCCGGGCUUUGCAUUCGUCGAGUUUGAGGAUCGACGGGACGCCGAAGAUGCGACCAGAGCGCUGGACGGAACCCGCUGCUGCGGUACUAGGAUCCGCGUGGAGAUGUCAUCGGGACGUUCUCGCGAUCGCCGACGCGGCGAAGGUGGCAGCAGUGGCGGUGGAGGAGGCGGACGCUCUGGAUCCGGGCGCUACAGGAUAACUCCUUCGGCUAGAACUACUUCCACUACUGCUACUUCUUCCUUCUACAACAUCAGCAAUCUACAACAGCAACCAUCUUCACAGCCCACAGCCAGCCACCUCCUUCGACUCUCAACUCUAAAUUAAUCAAGUUCAGCGGCAGCACAGCCUCAGCCUCAGCCUGACAGAGAUUAGGAAACCAAAUCUAAUAAUCAUCGUAGAAGAAGCAUUGCAGUCGCCGAUAGAGUUCUACUAAUGAAGUUAUCCUGCGUAUCCGUGACAUAAUUGCUAACGAUUCUUAAUUUUAUUUAAACUGAUUCUCAAAGUGGCUUCUAAUUCUAAUCUUGAUUAAACCAGUUUAGGAAGACAUUUUCACAAAUUAGAGUUCUAGAGUUGGACGGACAAGUCCAACAAGUCCUUUUUAAGUCCUGUUAACCUGUCCAUUACAGUAAAAUGCUAUUACAACUAAGGAA